AUGCACAAAUUCUCAAGACUGGCUUUAUCCCGCAUGGCCCCCUUUGAUGUCAUCGAGUCCAUCGAGGCCACUAAAAGAGCUGCUAGCCGUGAUGCUGACCCUCAAAAGUCCAUUAACGCCGAAGCAGAGUGGAGGGCGCUAGUGGGCGGAAGACCCGACACCGGCACUAGACGCGACGACACCAAUUUCCGGAAGGCUCAGUUGCAAUCUCGGAAGGUAUUGGGAAGACCAGACCUGAAACCAGUUGUUGACCUCCUGGAUCUCCCAGCAGGCGCAGAAGAGACCCCAUUCUGGAUCACCUACGUUGAUAUUCUUACCGCCAUGAACCAGAACGACAUCGUCAGAGAGGAGUCCAAGUUCUUCAGCUUUCUCGACGAAAAGGUUUAG